AUGUGGUGUUUGGCCUAUACCAGAUGUGAAAACUGUGUGACCGAGAGCAGAUUCGCUGAACUAAAAGAAGAAAUGCGUGAGCUGAAAAAUAAUAAUGAGGAAUUAAAAGAAAAGUUGCUGACUCUUGAGAAAAAACUUGAUGCCGACGUCAAGCAAGAGAAAAACGAAUUUAAAGUUGUGGACACGAAUCAAGAGAAUGAAACGGAAAUUCACAAAACUGGCGUAUCUAAAGUAGGAGAAACAAGGAACCGGACCAUGCGAAACUUGUUUAAAUCUAUCAACGUGAAAAUGAAAGGACAAAUGGUCACAAACGUUGCCUUUUAUGCGUAUUUAAGUGGAAACCGAUGCUAUGGCAAUCACGAAAUCUUCAUUUUUGACACAGUGGAGACUAACGUUGGCAACGGUUACAACUCCCACGACGGCAUAUUUGAUGCUCCUGUCACUGGUGUAUACGUGUUCACAUAUACUAUGACCCCGACCUACUACACUUUUAUCUAUACAGAGCUUAUCGUUGAUGGUGUGAUAAAGAACGUCAUUAUUGCAGAUUCUCAAGAAAUCCACAAUAUUCAUCCAGCAACGGCCACUGCUGUUGUCCACGUAACUGCCGGACGUGCUGUGUAUGUCCGAAAAGUGACGAGCAGCAAGUGCAACAUCCUAAGGAACAACAACUCUAAAACAACGUUUGCUGGAUGGUUGUUGUUUUAA